AUGGAAGAAGACAACCAGAGCAGCCCGAAGUUGCCAAUCCAUGGCAAAAGAAAUAUACUAAUCACAAGUGCUCUGCCUAAAGUCAAUAACGUUCCUCAUCUCGGAAGCAUCAUUGGAUGUGUUCUAAGUGCUGAUGUGUAUGCUAGAUUUUGUCGUCUUCGUGGCUAUAAUGCGAUUUAUGUAUGUGGAACUGAUGAAUAUGGUACUGCUACUGAGACCAAAGCUCUUGAGCAGAAUUGCAUACCCAGGGAGAUAUAUCUUUACUGCGAUACAUGCGAGAGGUUCUUACCUGACCGGCUUAUCGAGGGUUCAUGUCCAUUUGAAGGAUGUGAUAAUGAUUCUGCUCGCGGAGAUGAGUGCGAAGAAUGUGAAAAUGAUCUCAUCAAUCCUACUUAUCUCAGAGAUCCAUGGUGCAAGGUCUGUCAAACCAUACCACGAGCUCGCAACGCAGACGAAUUGGUUAUUGAGUUUUCGGAUCUAAAGGAUAAGUUUGAAAAGUAUUUUAACGAGAGUGUUACUGGUUCUUGGAGUCAAAAUACUAUUCAAACGACAAACACAUGGCUUGAACAAGGGCUUGUAAACAGAAGCAUUACAAGGGAUCUAAGGUGGGGAGUCCCUGUCCCACAUGAGAAUUACGAGGAUAAAUGGUGGAAGAAUCCUGAGAAUGUGGAGCUUUGUCAGUUUAUAGGGAAAGACAAUGUGCCAUUUCACACUGUGUUGUUUCCCUCUAUGCAACUUGGAACUGGUGAAAAUUGGACAAUGAUGAAGACAAUCAGUGUGACUGAAUAUUUAAACUACGAAGACGGAUAUUUCUCCAAGAGUAAAGGUGUUGGAGUGUUUGGUAAUGUUGUAAGAGAUACAAAUAUCCCUGUCGAAGUAUGGAGAUACUACUUGCUCAUCAAUAGGCCUGAGGUGUCUGCGACGUCAUUUGAGUGGAAGGAUUUGCAAAGAAACCUGAAUAACAAGUUGCUGACCAACCUUGGCAACUUUGUUAAUCGAGUUCAGUGUUUUAUCGCAAAGCCUGAGUCUCAAGGUUAUGGCUUUGUAAUUCCCGAUGCUCCUGGAGCUGACUCUCAUCUUCCAACGAUGUCACUGUGUAAGAAGGUUGGAAAAUUGGUGAAGGAGUAUGUUGAAGCCAUGGGAAAGGAAACCCAAUAUUGGAGACUUUACAAGGAAGAUAAACCUUGUUGUGCAGUUGUUAUAAGAAGUGCUGUUGGAUUAACACACCUUCUUGCACAAUUGUUGGAACCUUUCAUGCCAUCUUUUUCUCGCGAGGUAUUUAAACAGCUAAAUCUGCCGCCUCCACAUUUUUCAUUCUCUCACGAGAGAGGAGAGGUAUUACAAGCAUGUAGACCUUGGGAGAUUCUGCCUCCUAGCCACAGGAUAGGCACACCUCAACCUUUGUUCAAGGAAUUGAUAAAUGAAGAAGUGAAACUUUAUAAAGAGAAGUUCGCUGGAAGCCAGACUGAGUAG